CAUUCAGGGAAGGUCAGUGUUGCUCACCAGAUCGACCCUCGUUGCCUGUGCCCGCUACUACCUGGUCUGCAAUCUGUACAAGUGCAAUGGUUGCUGUACUGUCUGCCGUAUCAUUCUGAUGCAGUAUGGUUGCUUUGGCGAGAGUUUCUGGACGAGGGUGAGCGAUUGUGUUAGUGCCGGCAGCACUGUGUCUGAUACUGAGGCAACGUUGACAAAGAGGCGGCUGCGUUUGUCAGAUUCCGUCAGUUGGUUGCUUCGAACAGUGCGUUUUAGUUUGAUCGAUGUGCUGCGCGGCAGCGGAUCAGCUUAAGUGGGUGGAGCUGUGUGGGUUUCGUCCUUCCUCCUGUUAGAGAAAACUGCGCACGGCGAGGUCGAGCGUUAACAACGGAUCAAAUGCGUGGUUUAAUUGGGCGUGUGCGCUGAAGGGGUCGUCAGUUGGGGAGGUGACGCGGUCAAUGCGUGGUUUCGUUGCUUGUGAUCUGCCUCGCUGUUCCGACGUCUGGAGCAGUUUUCUCGGCGUGAUUCUUCGAGUUGACCUCGGACAGACGCGGAUUCAGUCUAUCGGUGAGACCUAAGAGCUAUUCGGCAGGGGAACGGGAGAGCAGUGGUGACGAGCGAAAGAAAUCAAAGGCGGGUGACGAUCGAGAGGUAAGGGUGAAGCUGCAAUCUCCGCCGUGAGGCCGGGCGAGGCGAGGAGGAGGCAGGACAAGUGCGUGGUGGCAGCCAUGAGGAGGGGGGUGAACCUGGUGCCGGGGCAGAGCUUCACGCACUCGGUGCUGCAGCGGAACACGGAGAACCUGAAGGACCUGUACACAUUGGGGCGGAAGCUUGGGCAGGGGCAGUUCGGGACCACGUACCUGUGCGUGGAGAAGACGACGGGCAAGGAGUACGCGUGCAAGUCCAUUGCGAAGCGGAAGCUGAUCUCGCAGGAGGAUGUGGACGACGUGCGGCGGGAGCUGCACAUCAUGCACCAUCUGUCCGGGCAUCCCAACAUCGUGACGAUCAAGGGCGCGUACGAGGACCAGGUGUCGGUGCACCUGGUGAUGGAGCUGUGUGCGGGCGGGGAGCUGUUCGACCGGAUCAUCCAGCGCGGGCACUACUCGGAGGCGCAAGCCGCGGAGCUGUGUCGCGUGAUCGUGGGCGUGGUGGAGACGUGCCACUCGCUGGGUGUGAUGCACCGGGACCUGAAGCCGGAGAACUUCUUGCUGUCGGACCCGAGCGAGAAUGCGGCGCUGAAGACGACGGAUUUCGGGCUGUCGGUGUUCUUCAAGCCCGGGGAGGUGUUCACGGACGUGGUUGGGAGUCCGUACUACGUCGCGCCGGAGGUGCUGCGGAAGCACUACGGUCCGGAGGCGGACGUGUGGAGCGCGGGGGUGAUCCUGUACAUUCUGCUGAGCGGGGUUCCGCCGUUCUGGGCCGAAACGGAGCAGGGCAUCUUCGAGCAGGUUUUGGCGGGCGAGCUGGAUUUCGUGUCGGAGCCGUGGCCAUCGAUCUCGGAGAGCGCGAAGGACCUGAUCCGGCGGAUGCUGGACCCGGUGGCGAAGCGGCGGCUGAAGGCGCACCAGGUGCUGAGCCACCCGUGGAUUCGCGAGGCGGGCGUGGCGCCAGACAGGCCGAUGGACCCCGCGGUGCAGUCGCGGCUGAAGCAGUUUUCGGCGAUGAACAAGCUGAAGAAGGUGGCGAUCCGGGUGAUCGCGGAGUUUCUGUCGGAGGAGGAGAUCGCGGGGUUGAGGGAGAUGUUCAAGAUGAUCGACACGGACCACUCGGGGUCGAUCACGUUCGAGGAGCUGAAGAGCGGGCUGGAGAGAGUGGGGUCGAACCUGGUGGAGUCGGAGAUCCGGCAGCUGAUGGACGCGGCGGACGUGGACCAGAACGGGACGAUCGACUACGGGGAGUUUUUGGCGGCGACUCUGCACCUGAACAAGAUCGAGCGGGAGGAGAACCUGUUCGCGGCGUUUUCGUGGCUGGACAAGGAUCACAGCGGGUACCUGACGGUGGACGAGCUGCAGCACGCUUGCAGCGAGUACAACAUAGGCGACACGUCGAUCGAGGAGCUGAUUCGGGAGGUGGACCAGGACAACGACGGGCGGAUCGAUUACAACGAGUUCGUGACGAUGAUGCGGAAGGGGAACGGCACAGUGGGUCGCGCGACGCUGCGGAACAGCUUGAGCCUGUCGGACGCAUUGAUGCACACGAACUGAGGGGCGGGGCAGAAUGUUUGAUAGGGAUGGGUAACGGUAAGGCGACGGCGGCCGUGGAUGGGUCGGAGAGGGGUGGAGCAUCGGCAGCAAUGAGCGUGCAGCGGUGCGGAGGCGUUGAUUCGAUUAGAGAGAAUGCCGC